UCUGACUCUUUGGCUACGCUGACACAUCGUCUGAGAAAGGACAAGCUACGUCUUCCGGACGAACUGUUGCUUCAGCUGCUGAGAUGUUCCUGUGCUGUUGGUUGGGUCUGGUGGCUCUCAUCCCCACAACCUUAAGCACCAAUCCUGGAGUAAAGGUCAGGCUGACAGAAAAGGGCAUUGAAUAUGGCAGGCAACUGGGCAUGGCUGUCAUCCAGCAGAAACUCAGAUCAAUCAAAAUUCCAGACUUUUCUGGGAAAGAGAAGGUGUCUCCGAUUGGAGAGGUUCAGUAUAGUUUGUCAAAUAUGCACAUAGUUAAUGUGGGCUUACCAAAGUCUUCAGUGGAUCUGGUGCCAGGGACUGGAGUCACACUGUCUAUAGGUGAUGCCUUCAUCAGUCUGAAUGGAAACUGGAGGGUCAAGUACCUGCGAAUAAUAAAGGACAGCGGGUCUUUUGAUUUGGAUGUGAAUGGUCUCAGUAUCGCUACAACCAUCUCCAUCAAGAGUGACGAGACAGGCCGACCAGCGGUCAGUAGUGACAGCUGCUCAGCCACUGUUGGAAGUGCAAAGGUCAAGUUUCAUGGUGGAGCAAGCUGGCUGUACAAUCUCUUCACAACAUUUAUUGAUAAGGCUCUGCGCAACGCACUCCAGAAACAGAUCUGCCCCCUGGUGUCUGAUGCAGUAUCUGAUUUAAACCCUCAGCUGAAAACUCUCAAUGUCUUAGCCAAGGUGGACAAGUAUGCAGAGAUUGAAUAUUCCAUGGUAUCGUCACCGACUGUUUUAAAGUCCUCGAUAGAUCUGAGCUUGAAGGGGGAAUUUUACAACAUCGGGAAGCAUCAGGAGCCUCCGUUCUCACCAGCGGCCUUUAACCUGCCACCCCAGAACAACAACAUGUUGUACAUCGGCAUGUCUGCCUUUACUGUCAACUCUGCAGCCUUCGUCUACAACAAUGCUGGAGUCCUCAGCCUGUCCAUCACUGACGACAUGAUACCAAAAAGCUCUCCAUUCCGACUCAACACCAAAACGUUUGGAGCCUUUAUCCCACAGAUUGCUAAGCAGUUCCCAGGUCUGAUGAUGAAGCUGCUGGUGAAGACAGUGAAAAUCCCCACACUGACCUUUGAGCCCAACAACGCAACAGUCCAGGCCACCACCACAAUGACGGCCUUUGCCAUCCAGCCCAACUCUACUCUGUCCCCUCUUUUUGUCCUGAACUUGGAGGCCAGCGUGAGUGCCCGUAUGUUUGUCAGUGAAAUGAAAUUGGCUGCAGCUGUCACCCUCAACAAAAUGGAUCUGACCCUGGCCAAAAGUUAUGUGGGAGACUUUCAGGUGGGACCACUGGAAAAUGUCUUUAAAGGGGUUCUCAAAUUGGUGGUGAUACCCGCAGUUAAUGUCCAACUUGCUAAGGGAUACCCACUGCCCACAAUUGGAAAGAUGAAGCUUAUGAACACCCAGCUUGAUGUGCUGAAGGACUACAUGCUGAUUGGGACAGAUGUUCAGUUCAGCUGAACUGCACUCCUGAAAACUCCCAGGAGUCUUUUCUGCAUUCUGGCAUCCUUCCAUGAAGACACAAUUACAGUCAGAGUACGAUAAUCUAGCAGAUAUUCCACAAAAAAAAAAAAAAAGAAAGAAAAAAAAGAAUGAGAAUGAGUAUUACUUCUGUCUGAUGACUGUUUGGACAUCAUCUGAUUUUUAAAAUAUAUAUUAUAUAUUUUCUAUGCAUUGAUUUUGUGAACUUUUGUGAUAGGUAUAUAAACAGUUGAUACCGACCUAAUCUUUUCUUCAUUAUGACCUGAAACCAGUGGCUGAGCCCAUAAACUCAUCAGGAAAGUUUGUACUGGUGUCAAGGGUACGAUUCAGUGGUCCAUUUUGUUUAGGAAGAUCCUGAGUGAGUGAAGUAACCUGGAAGUCUCUACAUGAUGUCCAUAGCUUCAGAAGGGUUCAGAACAUUGUAACAGUUACAAAAUAAUCUAACACACUCACAUAGUCCUGUUAAUAGCAACAUUUGGACAGGAAUUUCACUUUUAUUGUUACAGAUUCAAUAAAAUCUGUGAUAAAAAGUAACUUCCUGUACGCAGAUUACUGAGAUCGCUUUAUUUCUGCUCUGUUUCAUUAAAAUAAAAGUGUUAUUGAGG